AUUUUACUGGUCAAAAAUUAUUAUGUCACCUACGAUAAUUGCGCGGAAAAAGCAGGACGAAAGCGCAUUAUAUUUAAGGACAAUAAAGAUGAAAAGUGGUGAUUCUGUACUCGAAGAAGAACCAUAUUGCCAUGUAUUGUUGCAGAAACACAGAGGGGCACUUUGUGAUAGGUGCUUUACAAGGGUUGAUACAUUAAAAAAAUGCACUGGUUGUGGUGUGUUAUGGUAUUGUGAUAAGUCCUGCCAGAAAAGAGAUUGGACUGUACAUAAACUUGAAUGUAAAUGCUUGAAGCAAGUUUUACCCAAAAUUCCAAUGGACUCUGUGAGAAUGAUGCUACGACUUAUUAUCACGAAAAGUAGGAAUCUGCCAAUGAACUCACCUUGGUCCAGGAACUUUGAUGACUUAAUGACGCGUAUGUAUUUCAGUCCGGCCUUUUUAGCUCACCUGAGCCAAAGGCUCAUUGUGAGCUUUUGUGACCGCUCAAUGUCCAUCAAGAACUUCUAAAAAAA